AUGAUUUCAGAAAACCAUUUAGUAUUAACAGAGCAUUCAUCGGCCAGUGAAUCAGGUCCAAGCGAUUUGGACGAGUAUCAUGAUUCGCUGAAAACCCCACAUAUACCAAUAGCAGAGAUUCCAUCGGCGGCGGGUAAAAUAAUUAGAAUUCAACCAGACGCACGACUUGUGGAGAAAGAAAAUUUAAGAUUAAAUUUACGUGACAUAAGUGCAGGUGGUACUGGCAAGAAACAAUCGCACAAUGCACACAAUUCAAAGAAGCAGAAAAAGAGAAAGAAGAACUUACCGCCAUCGCGUCAAGCGAGCAAUGAUAAAAGACGUAAGAAGGCAAAGUCGAAGAAAAGUACAAGAAAGGAAAGGAAAAAGAAAGACAGAAAAGUCGACAUGGGCAGCAAGCACCAAAGCUGGAAGUGGUCAAACACGGCACACGAAAAAGGAGCCUCUGCUAACAGAUUCAGUUAA